ACAUUCUUUUUCUUUUUUUAUAAUCUUUUUAAUGUUGUGGUUGUUAGCCAUUUUCCAAGAGCGGAAAUCAUGGAUCACAGUGGAUUAUCAUAAUGUUAAUUACUCUGCUAAGAAAAUGAUGGUUUUGUUCUUUCUUUUUUUGUUGACUUUUUAUUACAAUAUUUUUUAUUGACAGAAAGCUGUAUCUCAAAUUUACCACAUGAUGUCUUGGUUUUGAUUUUACCACCUAUGUUCUUGUGUUAGAUUUUUCUCAAAUUUAGCACACGAUGAUGUCUUGUGUUCAACUUCUCUUGAUGUUUUUUCGAUAAGACAAAUUAAAUUGGUGAAAGGAGUCAAAUAUUAAGGUAAAAGAGAAUUAAACAUGAGAGCGAGGGAAGCACGUGAACUUGUUAUGUUACAUACUGAUAUGUGGCUUCUGUUGUUGAAAAGAAAAAGGAAAUUAAAAUAAACAGGGAGAGAGGAGAGAGAGAGCAUCAUCUUGUCAGAUAAAACAAAAGAGAACAGCAGUAAGUAGCAGUAAGAGAAGAACAAGGAAGAGGAAGAAAGUAUGGCUGCAACCUUAUUGUUUGCAUGCAACUCAAAUGUAAACCAUGGCUGUAGAAAUGAUAAUCCCUCGCUGCCGAAACCAUUCGUGGGUGGUGGACACAGAAUCCUGGAUCAAACCAUUGCAAAUAGGAACCAAAGCCAUUAUAACUCUCAAAAAAAGAAGUCAUCUCGCAGGUUUUCUGUUUCUGCUGUCACUGAAGGUUCCGCGAAAUCAAACAAGUCCAAAGAAAAAAUCCCCCCUUGGGCUAGACCAGAUUCGGAUGAGCCCCCUCCUUGGGCCCAGGGUGAAGGCAAGAAUGAUGGUUCACAGGAGGGAUUUGAGAUUCCCUUUUAUGUUUAUCUACUUGCCUCAGCCGUGACUGCAAUUGCUGCUAUAGGUUCUGUUUUUGAGUAUGCGAACCAGAAGCCAGUCUUUGGACUCUUGAACUCGGACAGCAUAUUUUAUGCUCCAGUGCUUGGAUUUUUUGUAUUUACAGGCAUUCCCUCUGCUGCAUUCCUGUGGUUCAAAUCUGUCAAAGCUGCUAACAAGGAAGCUGAGGAGCAAGACAAGAGGGAUGGCUAUCGAUAGGGUACAAAUACACCUUCAAAUGCAUUAAUCGCCAUAUGUAUUUUUUCUUUCCUUAAUACCAUGUUAUGGUCUUAGUUCUUUGGUUUUGCUCACUGAUUGUUAAUUACAAUCCACCCGGGGACUUUGUGCUUAUGGCGAUUCAUCAAAUUUUUACCAUCAAAUAUAGGAUUUAACGCAGUGCAUUGUUUUC